CUGCUAGUGUCUCUUAGGAGUGUGGUACCUGGAGUUUAGGGACUCCACCGGUGACAAUGACAGCAGAUGAGUUGGUUUUCUUUGUGAAUGGCAGAAAGGUGGUGGAGAAAAAUGCAGAUCCAGAAACAACCCUUUUGGUCUACCUGAGAAGAAAGUUGGGGCUGAGCGGGACCAAGCUUGGCUGUGGAGAAGGGGGCUGCGGGGCUUGCACAGUGAUGCUUUCCAAGUACGACCGUUUCCAGAACAAGAUCGUCCAUUUUUCUGCCAAUGCCUGCCUGGCCCCCAUCUGCUCCUUGCAUCAUGUUGCCGUGACUACCGUGGAGGGAAUAGGAAGCACCAAGACUCGGCUGCAUCCUGUGCAGGAGAGAAUUGCAAAAAGCCAUGGCUCCCAGUGCGGGUUCUGCACCCCUGGCAUCGUCAUGAGCAUGUACACGCUGCUUCGAAAUGAGCCAGAGCCCACCAUGGAGGAGAUUGAGAAUGCCUUCCAAGGGAACCUGUGCCGCUGCACAGGCUACAGGCCCAUCCUCCAGGGUUUCCGGACCUUCGCCCGGGAUGGAGGAUGCUGUGGGGGAAGUGGAGACAACCCAAACUGCUGCAUGAACCAGAAGAAAGACCACACAGUCACUCUCUCCCCAUCUUUAUUCAAACCAGAAGAGUUCAUGCCCCUGGAUCCCACCCAGGAGCCCAUCUUCCCUCCAGAGUUGCUGAGGCUGAAGGACACUCCCCAAAAGCAGCUGCGCUUUGAAGGGGAACGUGUGACCUGGAUCCAGGCCUCCACCCUGCGGGAGCUGCUGGAACUCAAAGCUCAGCACCCUGACGCCAAGCUCGUGGUGGGGAACACGGAGAUUGGCAUUGAGAUGAAGUUUAAGAACAUGCUCUUUCCUCUUAUUGUCUGCCCGGCCUGGAUCCCUGAGCUGAAUACGGUGACACAUGGACCAGAGGGCAUCUCCUUUGGGGCUGCGUGCCCCCUGAGCUCUGUGGAAAAGAUCCUGGUAGACGCAGUUGCCAAGCUUCCUGCCCAGAAAACUGAGGUGUUCAAAGGAUUCCUGGAGCAACUGCGCUGGUUUGCAGGGAAGCAGGUCAAGUCUGUGGCGUCCAUUGGAGGGAACAUUAUCACCGCCAGCCCCAUCUCUGACCUUAAUCCUGUGUUGAUGGCCAGCGGCGCCAAACUGACCCUGGUAUCCCGAGGCACCAGGAGAACUGUUCGGAUGGACCACACCUUCUUCCCUGGCUACAGAAAGACCCUGCUAAGUCCAGAGGAGAUAUUGCUUUCCAUUGAGAUCCCCUACAGCAGGGAGGGUGAGUUUUUCUCAGCAUUCAAGCAGGCCUCCCGACGAGAAGAUGACAUUGCCAAGGUGACCAGUGGCAUGAGAGUCCUAUUCAAGCCAGGGACCACAGAGGUGAAGGAGCUGGCCCUUUGCUAUGGAGGAAUGGCCGACAGAACUAUCUCAGCCAUCAAGACCACUGCAAAGCAGCUGUCCAAGUUCUGGAAUGAGGAGCUGCUGCAGGAUGUGUGUGCAGGCCUGGCUGAGGAGCUGCACCUGGCCCCGGAUGCCCCUGGCGGCAUGGUGGAGUUCCGGCGCACCCUCAGCCUCAGCUUCUUCUUCAAGUUCUACCUGACGGUGCUUCAGAAGCUGGGCAAAGAGAACCCUGAGGUGGAAGACAACUGUGGCCUGCUGGACCCCACCUUCACCAGUGCCACUCUGCUCUUCCACAAAGACCCUCCAGCCAACGUCCAGCUCUUCCAAGAGGUUCCCAAAGGUCAAUCUGAGGAGGACAUGGUGGGCCGUCCCAUGCCCCACCUUGCUGCCAACAUGCAGGCCUCCGGGGAGGCAGUGUACUGCGAUGACAUCCCCCGCUAUGAGAACGAGCUGUCUCUCCGGCUGGUCACCAGCACCAGGGCCCAUGCCAAGAUCAAGUCCAUAGACACUUCAGCAGCUAAGAAGGUGCCAGGGUUUGUUUGCUUCCUCUCAGCUGCCGAUAUUCCUGGGAGUAACACAACUGGACUUUUUAAUGAUGAAACAGUCUUUGCGGAAAGUGAGGUAACUUGUGUUGGGCACAUCAUUGGUGCUGUGGUUGCUGACACUCCAGAGCAUGCACAGAGGGCAGCUCAAGGGGUGAAAAUUACCUAUGAAGACCUUCCGGCUAUUAUCACCAUUGAGGAUGCUAUAAAGAACAACUCCUUUUAUGGAUCUGAGCUGAAGAUCGAGAAAGGAGACCUCAAGAAGGGGUUUUCCGAAGCAGAUAAUGUUGUUUCAGGAGAGUUGUACAUCGGUGGCCAGGAGCAUUUUUACCUGGAGACUCACUGCACCAUUGCUGUCCCAAAAGGCGAGGCGGGGGAGAUGGAGCUCUUUGUGUCUACCCAGAACACCAUGAAGACACAGAGUUUUGUUGCGAAAAUGUUGGGGGUUCCAGAAAACCGGAUUGUAGUCCGAGUGAAGAGAAUGGGAGGAGGCUUUGGAGGGAAGGAGACCCGGAGCACUGUGGUGUCUACAGCAGUGGCCUUGGCUGCAUACAAGACAGGCCGUCCUGUACGCUGCAUGCUGGACCGUGAUGAGGACAUGCUGAUAACUGGUGGCAGACAUCCCUUCCUGGCCAGAUACAAGGUUGGCUUCAUGAAGACUGGAAAGGUCGUGGCUCUGGUGGUAGAUCACUUCAGCAAUGCGGGGAACACCGAGGAUCUCUCUCGGAGUAUAAUGGAACGAGCUCUAUUCCACAUGGACAACUGCUAUAAGAUCCCCAACAUCCGGGGCACUGGGCGGGUGUGCAAGACCAACCUGCCCUCCAACACGGCCUUCCGGGGCUUUGGGGGUCCCCAGGGGAUGUUCAUUGCCGAGCAGUGGAUGAGUGAAGUCGCAGUGACCUGUGGGCUGCCAGCGGAGGAAGUGCGGAGGAAAAACCUGUACAAAGAAGGGGACCUGACACACUUCAACCAGAAGCUUGAGGGGUUCACCCUGCCCAGGUGUUGGGAUGAAUGUCUAGCAAGCUCUCAGUAUCACGCUCGGAAGCGUGAAGUCGACAAGUUCAACAAGGAGAAUUGUUGGAAAAAGAGAGGACUGUGCAUAAUCCCAACCAAGUUUGGAAUAAGCUUCACUGUGCCUUUUCUGAACCAGGCAGGAGCCCUGAUUCACGUGUACACAGAUGGCUCUGUGCUGCUGACCCAUGGGGGCACUGAGAUGGGCCAAGGCCUGCACACCAAGAUGGUCCAGGUUGCCAGCAGAGCUCUGAAAAUCCCCACCUCCAAGAUUUACAUCAGUGAGACGAGCACUAACACUGUGCCCAACACCUCUCCCACGGCUGCCUCUGUCAGCACUGACAUCAAUGGUCAGGCUGUUUACGCAGCCUGUCAGACCAUCCUAGAAAGGCUGGAACCCUUCAAGAAAAAGAAUCCCAAAGGCUCCUGGAAAGACUGGGUCAAAGCUGCCUACGAGGAUGCAGUGAGCUUGUCUGCUACUGGGUUUUAUAAGACACCCAACCUUGGCUACAAAUUUGAGACAAACUCCGGGAAUCCCUUCCACUACUUCACCUAUGGGGUGGCUUGCUCUGAAGUAGAAAUUGACUGCUUAACAGGGGAUCAUAAGAACCUCCGCACCGAUAUUGUCAUGGAUGUUGGCUCCAGUUUGAAUCCUGCCAUUGAUAUUGGACAGGUGGAAGGGGCAUUUGUUCAGGGCCUUGGCCUCUUUACCCUGGAGGAGCUGCACUACUCCCCCGAGGGCAGCCUGCACACCCGCGGGCCCAGCACCUAUAAGAUACCUGCAUUUGGAAGUAUCCCCAUUGAAUUCAGGGUGUCCCUGCUCCGCGACUGCCCCAACAAGAAGGCCAUCUAUGCAUCCAAGGCUGUUGGGGAGCCGCCCCUCUUCCUGGCUGCCUCUAUCUUCUUCGCCAUCAAGGAUGCCAUUCGGGCAGCUCGAGCUCAGCGUGCAGAUUAUAGUACAAAGCAACUUUUCCAGCUGGACAGCCCUGCGACCCCGGAGAAGAUCCGCAAUGCCUGUGUGGACCAGUUCACCACCUUGUGUGUCACUGGAGCACAGGAGAACUGUAAGCCCUGGUCUCAGAGGGUCUGAAGAGAAAGUCCCCAGCAGAGUGUUCUUGUGCUACAGUGGAGCUUCCAUGGAGCAGGAAGCACAUACUACAAAACCCAGAUCUAUACAAGCUGGACGACAAAGCUGUGAUU